AAAUCCAGGGGCAUUUAUUAACUUUUGGUCUUUAUAUAUAUGGACGCCCAACAUUAAUCUUAUCUCACAACACACCAUUGGUACUAAAUUUGGUGAACAACUUUUCAUACAGUUGCAGAAAUGGCAGGAGGAAGGAGAAGAGAGACGAUCAACGGUAGAAAUUUGUUGAGGAGGAGGAUUGAGUACAGCCGUCCGAUUCCGAAGAGGGGACAAGUGAAGGUGGCUAUUGUUUCAGGAUUGGCUCACUCUUUAUCUUCAUUAUUUUCUUUUGGGGCUCGUUCGUGAUCGACGCAAUUUUCUUGAUUGGUUCCGUAUGUGCUUGCGCUAUAGAGAGCAGUUUGGUUGAAGGUGGAAAUUUUUGAUGUUUCACUUUCAGUAAUUGCAGAUUGUACAGCUUUUUUUUGCAUCUAGUAAUGAAUUCAUUUCAGUUUCUUUGAUUGUGAAAUAACAUAAUUUUAGGGUUGAGUAGAUAAAUCGAUUUUCGACAUGGGGGCAAAAAAAGAAAAGAGAGGGAUGGGGUUUCUGUCGCUUUUGGCAUAGCGGGACGGUCGAGUAGAUAAAUCUAUUCCGAUCAUCGGCAUACAAACUAUGCUAUGUUAUCUGAUGCUACGAAAACAAGAUGAUCAUACAAACUAUGCUAUGUUAUCUGAUGCUACGAAAACAAUCGUUACGAUAACAAAAUUAUGAUUUUCCGACGGCCCAAUAUAUUGUUGGAUUACGUUACUUGUACAUAAAAAUUGUAUAUACGGGAUUACAUCCAAUGAUGUGAAGGGAAAAUAUACUGUUAAACAGGAAAAAAUGAAUAUUGUUUGUCUUUGGGCAAAAUUUAAUUUAAUUGGACUUCACUACAAGCGAAGCUCAAUAGCAAAUUGAGUGGGCUCAAACGUGGGCUAAAUUUGAAGUAGAAUGAGCACGUUUGGGUUAACUUUGCUUUCGGCCGAAGACCUAAGCCACUGUUAAACAGAGAAAUCGCAUUUGUGUGAAACAAUAAUUCUGGUUCAAAAUCACGAUUUUGUGGACCGCUGUUAUAACGUCAAUGCCAAAAUUCCCUCGCGAAUAAAUUCUCUGCUUGCUCUCUUCUUUCGCUUGGAGGAGCUAAAGCUAGUAAAAAUGGCAGGCGGCGUGGAAGGGGCUGUGAAGGAGGUAAAAUCGAAGGCCGAGCUUGAUCAAACCAUCGGGGAGGGCUCUCCGGUCAUUCUACACUUCUGGGCGUCGUGGUGCGAGGCGUCCAAGCACAUGGACCAAGUUUUCUCUCAUCUUUCCACUGAUUUCCCUCUAGCCCAUUUCAUCCGGGUUGAAGCUGAAGAACAACCAGAAAUUUCUGAGGCAUAUUCUGUCUCUGCUGUGCCUUAUUUCAUGUUGUUUAAGAUACUUUUUUAUGAAUGUCGACCAAAUAUCGAUGGCAAGGCAGUUGAUACAUUGGAAGGUGCUGACCCAUCUAGUUUGGCCAACAAGGUUGCCAAAGUUGCUGGGUCAAUCAGUCGAGCUGAACCCGCUGCUCCUGCUAGCCUCGGGAUGGCCGCAGGUCCUACUAUUCUUGAAACAGUUAAGGAGUUUGCUAAAGAAAAUGGUUCUCCUCAGGAACGGACCCUAUCACCUUCAGCUGUAGGUGACGGACUCAAAAAGAGACUUGAGCAGCUCGUUAAUUCUCAUGGUAUCAUGCUUUUCAUGAAAGGAAGCCCUGAGUCUCCCAAAUGUGGUUUCAGUCAAAAAGUAGUUGACUUAUUGAAGAAAGAGAAGGUUAAAUUUGGAAGUUUUGAUAUAUUGACGGACAAUGAGGUUCGUGAAGGAUUGAAGAAAUUUUCCAACCGGCCAACGUUUCCUCAACUAUACUGUAAGGGUGAACUGCUUGGUGGCUGUGACAUUGCAAUUGCUAUGCACGAAAGUGGGGAGCUAAGAGAUGUUUUCAAAGGUCACGGAAUUGAAAUAUCCAAUCCCAGUGAGAUAAAAGCCACCAGUCCUGAUGGUGGACGGGGAGGCAUUACGGGUCCUUCAGGCUUGACUGCAGCUCUGACUUCUCGACUGCAAGGUCUGAUAAAUUCUAGUGAAGUCAUGCUGUUUAUGAAAGGAAAACCCGACGAACCUCGAUGUGGUUUUAGCCGCAAGGUUGUCGACAUUCUUAGACAGGAGAAAGUCAAGUUUGGGAGUUUUGACAUUCUUAGUGACGAUGAGGUUCGUCAAGGCCUCAAAGUUUAUUCAAACUGGUCGAGUUAUCCUCAGCUAUACAUAAAGGGUGAACUCAUUGGAGGAUCAGACAUCGUGUUGGAAAUGCAAAAGAGUGGAGAACUUAAGAAGGUUCUAUCCGAUAAAGGGAUCCUGUUAGGUGAAACCCUAGAAGAUCGCGUUAAACAGUUGGUAAAUUUAUCAGCCGUAAUGCUUUUCAUGAAGGGUACACCGGAUGCUUCGAGAUGUGGUUUCAGCUCCAAAGUAGUAAAUGCCCUGAAGGAGGAGGGAGUCGAGUUUGGUUCUUUCGAUAUUCUAACCGACGAGGUAGUAAGGCAAGGAUUAAAGAAGUACUCAAACUGGCCAACCUUUCCACAGUUAUAUUACAAAGGAGAGUUGGUAGGAGGUUGUGAUAUUGUGAUGGAACUGCACAACAAUGGUGAGCUCAAGGUUACCUUAUCUGAGUAGAGAUACACAUCCGAAUGGAAUGGAUUUUGGCUUCAUUAAUGCUUCGCUUAUCAUUCCGUUCGCCGGCCCUUGUCUUUGCAAUAGCUUAUUAAAAUUCUCAAGACAGCCUGUUUGAUUUCUUUAUGAACAAUUUAUUUUUCCCCCUUUCUUUCCUCUAUAUAUUUUUGUGACAUGUUGCAAAGUGUUUCUACAGUUGGUAACUGUAAUGGUCACUGAUAUUAGUUAUGGCGAUUCUCUUGGGCUGAUGAACUAUUUAUACCUUUGUUCAAUGCCUCAGUGAAUUUGAAACAGUUUUUGGAGA